CCGUUCGAUUUCAACGAACCUUCGCCCGAUGACAUGGUCUUGGAAAAGCGGAAGCAGGCCUUCAAGCAAAAGAAGAGCGAGCAAUACAACAUCAAAUCGGACACCAAGCCCGCAGCAGCAAAGCCGGCCGCCGGUGGAGCCAAGCCCCAGCAGCCCGCCACCCCGAAGAAGGCCCCUGCUGCCGCCGCCGCUACGGCCGCCGAAGAAAAGGAGAAGGAGAAGGAGGCCGAGGUGGACAGCGUCGCCAAGGCCCUCGAUGAGGUGAGCCUGAGCGAAAAGAUUGCAAAGAAGCAGGUGAAGCAGAUGCCCGACGGCAAGCGACGAGAGAUUGAGGCGCAGAUCAAGGCCGAGCAGCAGUCCGAGGGCUCCAAGCGCAACCUGUCGAUGGUGGUGAUCGGCCACGUCGACGCCGGCAAGUCGACUAUCAUGGGCCACCUCCUGCACCUGUGCGGCCACGUCGACAAGAAGACCAUCACCAAGUACGAGCGCGACUCGAAGGUGCUCGGCAAGGGCUCGUUCUCGUUCGCGUGGGUGCUCGACGAGCAGGAGGAGGAGCGGGCGCGCGGCGUGACCAUGGACGUGGCCGUGCGCAGGCUCGAGACCGAGAACCGGCGCAUCACCCUCCUCGAUGCGCCCGGCCACCGCGACUUCGUACCCAACAUGCUCGACGCUGACGUCAGCACGCGACAGAUCUCGGGCACGGCGCAGGCCGACGUGGCGGUGCUGGUGAUCGAUUCGAGCCCGGGCGAAUUCGAGGCGGGCUUCGCCGCCGAUGGCCAGACCAAGGAGCACGCCCUCCUCGCUCGCUCCCUGGGCGUCAUGCAGCUCACCGUCGUCGUCAACAAGAUGGACGCCGUCGAUUGGUCGAAGGAGCGCUUCGAGGAGGUGCAGAACAUCGUGGGCGCGUUCCUGAAGCAGGCCGGCUUCCUGCUGAAGAACGUCACGUGGGUGCCGUGCUCGGGUCUCACCGGCGAGAACCUCAUCGCUCGCAAGGACCCCAAGCUCACCGCCUGGUACUCCGGACCCACCCUGGUCCAGUCCAUCGAUUCCUUCAGGCCUGGCCAGCGGCCCACGGAGAAGCCGCUCAGGUUCUGCGUGUCGGACGUGUUCAAGAGCGGCUCGCUGGGUGUGGGCGCCGUGGGCAAGGUCGAGACCGGCAUCGUCUCCGUCGGCGAUAAGGCACCCCGCCCACCACCUUCUUCCCUGCUGGUGAUGCCCAUCGGCGAGCUGUGUACGGUCAAGUCCAUCCAGGCCCACGAGGAAUCGGUCAAGUGGGCGCAGGCCGGAGACAACGUCGAGUUGACGGUCCAGGGCCUCGACGUGGUGUCGUUCAAGGUGGGCUCUGUGCUGUGCGACCCCGAGCACCCCGUGCGCGUGGCCACCGCCUUCAAGGCGCAGAUCUAUGUCUUCCCCACCCAGAUCCCCAUCAUCAAGGGAUUCCAAGCGGUGAUGCACACGCACACCUUGCACGAGCCGGCACACUUGAGCAAGCUGGUGGCGAUCAUCGACCAGGCCUCGGGCGAGGUCAAGAAGAAGCGGCCGCGCUGCCUCACCGAGAAGAUGACGGCCGUCGUAGAGGUGGUCACCCUCAAGCCGGUCUGCAUCGAACUCUUCCGCGACUACAAGCAGCUCGGCCGCUUCAUGCUGCGCUCUGGCGGCCGCACUGUCGCCGCGGGUCUCAUCUCCGAGAUCAUCCACUGA